AUGGGGAGGAAGAACAAGAUUGAAGAUGAUUAUGUUACUGGGGUGAGGAUCGGGCAAGGAAAGUAUGGAUCUGUUUCGUUGUGUAGGUCUCUUGUUGGCGGCGCGGAGUAUGCGUGUAAGACUCUGAAGAAGGGGGAUGAGACUGUUUACAGGGAGGUGGAGAUAAUGCAGCACUUGUCUGGGCAUCCUGGGGUUGUGACUCUGCUGGCAGUGUAUGAGGAAGCUGAUUGCUCUCAUCUGGUGAUGGAAUUGUGCUCUGGGGGAAGACUUGUCGACCAGAUGUUUAGGGAGGGCCCUUGUUCUGAACAGCGGGCUGCUAAUAUACUUAAGGAAGUGAUGUUGGUCAUCAAGUAUUGUCAUGAUAUGGGAGUUGUGCACAGAGAUAUCAAGCCUGAGAAUAUUCUGCUUACUGCUUCGGGGGAAAUAAAGCUUGCUGAUUUUGGCCUGGCCAUGAGAAUUUCUAAGGGCAAGUUUGAAGAAGUUCAUCAUGAUGAGCUUUCAACUGAAUUGUACUUUACUAAUGUUACCCUAUACUCAGAAAAGGCGGAUAUAUGGAGUGCUGGAGUGCUCCUGCAUGCUCUGUUGGUUGGUGUUCUUCCAUUUAAAGGGGAUUCACAAGAAGCAGUUUUUGAGGCUAUUAAGAAUUCCAAGCUAGAGUUCCAAACCGGGAUGUGGGAAUCAAUAUCUAAACCUGCACGAGAUCUUGUUGGGAGAAUGCUGACAAGGGAUAUUUCAGCAAGGAUAACAGCUGAUGAAGUACUUAGACAUCCAUGGAUAUCUUUCUACACAGAACGUACAUUGAAGAUCCUGCCCGUUGAAUCAAAGUUGAAGCACCAAAAUGGAGCUGCUUGCCACAACUUUGUUGCUGCACCUGAACCUAGGUUAGGAAGAAACAGGAUGGAUGAUGGGUUCCUUAAUGAGGUUUCAAGCCUUUCUUCAUCAUCUGAAAGUUGCAAUUCAGAAUAUCAUGAUGUUUGUGUGUGGAUUGAUGCACUUGCCAAUGCAAUUUCACAUGUAAGGAUAUCUGAACCAAAGAAGAGCAAGUUGUGGGCAGUUCCAAUUCAUCAACAAGGAUCAUUGGCUGGGAUUGCGAAGGGGUCUCGUGAUGUGAUGGCGCUUUUUGGCGCCAUUACGUUGCGAGAAAGCUUCGGGGUUCGAUUUACUUUCUUGAAAAUUGUGUCUUGCGGCAAAAAUCGGAUUUUGCACACUGGGUACGUGAUCAACACAAAGAUUGGUGUUGCGUUGGUACUUUACUGA